AUGAAAAAACUUGAAUGCUUGGGUCAGCCGUACAAGUACACCACGGUUUUACGGUGUGAUCUGGAGAACCCCCGUCAUGGUCCGCAAACAGUACAUGUCGUCGUUGACUUAAAACAGCCCAUUCCUAAGGUAUACAUCAAUACUAAUAUCUACGUGAAACAUUUUCAAAGUCGAACCAUUCUGUAUGGAACCACGUUCGAAUACUGCGAUUUUUUAAUGCGCAAUGAAUCGCGUCAAAACAACCCGGUUGCUGUACUCAUAUACAACUAUGGAAAACAUAACUUCCCACAAGUCAUUAGACCCUGUCCAGCGCUAGGAGUUUACAAUGUGAGCAACCUUGUAUUGAGCGAAAAUAUGAUACCCCCGUUUGUGACUCCUGGCACAUACUAUGCCAUUCAAUGGUUCUAUAACAAACGAAACGAAACGUUAUUACAUUACGAAUCGGAAUUUACUGUCGCUGCACCAUCCAUUUUCAACAGGACUAUGUCCCUUUUCACGUUAAAGUAA